AUGUUUAUUGAAAAAGUUUUCACCGAGGGCGCUUUUACAAACUCUCACCAUGCUUUAUGUAUUAGUUUUACAACUGAAUUUAGAACUCUUGCGAUGGCUUUGCAAAAAAGUACACCUCCCUUUCAAUGGGCCAACUAUUUUGUUAACAAGGGAGGGGUAAACUAUUCGAUACUUCAGACCAAAUCCGCUUUCGACAUCUACACACUCUUGAAAAACGCUCCUGCAUCUCCAAACAAAAAACCCUUCGAUUCACCCUCAGCGCCAAAAUACGAUAUUGAUGAAAAUAUUGAAAAAAUUCUCAUGACAACAAGCCAACUCGAAAAAUAUACUAUGGACUUUGUGACCAAGGUAGAAGUACCAAACUGUGGCAUUUAUUCUUUUCACAGCAAACCGAGUCUUAGGUAUCUUGAUGAAGACAGAAAGAAACAUCUGACCGAGUUCCGUCCCUGCGACCAAAGUUUCUUUUCAAUAGGACUAGACCCCUACACAUAUGUGGCAAUGGAAAAAAGAUCAAUGUUUUACCAUGUUGGAUAUAUAGUUGAAAUAAACAUCAGUCAAAUGUCCCUGAGAGGUACUUGGAAACAAGAAUCAGAGAAAAAGUAUAUCGAUAAUGGUGGAGAUGAAUAUAAGUGGUUUUGGCCUGUAAAACAUCCAGAAGGACAAGAUGUCGACAUAGAAGGAUCAGAAGAAGAACGAUAUCAAGAUAGUGAAGAUGAAGAUGUGGAUAGAUUUGAAUAUCAUAAAUGGGUAGCUGACAUGCUUUCAAGAAACACAUCGAUCACUCAUCUUAGAUUAACCCAUGGAGUAGGAAAUCAAUACGAAUUAUUCUAUGAGGGCGUACUUGCAAGCAAGUCCCUUUAA